UGUAAGACAUAGGCAGUUGGUCGGGGGGACCGACUACUGCUCAGUUACAGCGGGCUGCAACUCCGCUCGGGGAAAAAAACACACCAAGCCAGGAUUCAGUGUGACUGCUGCCAAACAUCAGGAGUUCCACAACGACCAGACACCACGGCGGGAAGUCAUCAUGUUCUGCGCGGCUCGUUCAAGAACCCCGGAGAUCAAUCGGCAGGCCCUUAUCCUUAGCAAGCUCUCAAUGCUCCAGUCGCUGGUGAUUGAGCUCAUCGCGUGGUGACAUCGCGGUGGGGGGUGCGACAGACUCAACAUCCCUGCGAAGGACGAUGGGUGGGAAGCAAUCUCGCAGUUUUUCCAAGAAGGACUUGAGUGAGGUAAGUACGAGUCAAAGGAGGAGAAGUGCCACGAGAGACGAGCAGCCCAGCCUGUCCUCGGCCGCCGAGAGGAUCCGCAGACACGCCACGGUGCACUUUGGUUACAGCACGCUGAGUCUCGCCAUGCGGGGCCUUGGCGAGAUCCCAGCGGAGCUGUGGGAACUCCGAGAGCUCCAGAAACUAAACCUGUCCAUGAACUGCCUGUGCUCUUUGCCCCCUGCCAUGGGCGGCCUGGACAAUCUCGUCAUCCUCAACCUCUGGGGCAACAACUUGUCGAGCCUCCCGCCCGAGAUUGGACUCCUGAAGAAACUGCGCGUGCUCUUCGCUUGCCGCAACCGCCUGAGCGAGGUCCCCGAGGAGCUGGGCUCCUGCACUUGUCUGGAGGUUCUCAGCCUGGCCAACAACCAGAUCACGGGCCUCCCUGGCAGCCUGGCAGCCAUGCACAGUCUGACCAAGCUCAACCUCAGCCACAACCGCAUCGCCCACAUCCCCACCUGUGUCUACAGCAUGAAGGGUCUGGUGUUCCUCCACCUGGCCUGCAACCGCCUGGAGACGAUCGCGGACCAGAUCCAGGACUUGGUCAACCUCAAGAUCCUCAUCGUGGAGGGGAACAGCAUCCACUCACUGCCCAAGACACUGUGUUUCCUUGAGACUCUGGAGCUCCUCAAUGUGGACUUCAAUGACUUGCAAAGUGUCCCCGUGGAAAUGUAUCUGCUCAACCGGCUCACGAGGUUGGCUUGUCACCCGAUGGAUAAAGGACUUCAUAUAAUCCACAACCCCCUCCUCAAGCCUAUUCAGGAGGUGCUGCAAGGAGGACUCAGCGCCCUCUAUAACUACCUCAAGCCCACGUGAGGGACAACCGCUCCAUGUGUGUUUGUGCGUCCAAAAGAGUGUGCCGUAAUGCGAUGUUGGCACAUAAUCUGACCCCUGGCAGGUGGUAGGCAUGCUCCGAGUCCCCUGUUACGAAACACUGACUGACAAAGAUAUUAUGUCACGAGACGGGAUAUCUUCUGAAUGGCGAAUAGAUUUUCAUUUUCUUUUCUUUUUUUAAAAAAAAAUUGUAAUAUACAAGUUUGGAUAUGAAUAAAGAACUAGUAACUGCUCUGA